CUAAAUUGAAUAGAUAGUUCUCUAUUUCAGAAUAAGAAAUACUAAGACCAUAUAAAUAUAAAUUAGAUGGAGUCUCAUUGUCCAUCUCACCAAUACCUACAAUGUUUCAACAGAAAGAAGGCGCAUUGCUUAAAAUUAUAUGAAAACAAGCAUUGAACACUAAUUGUAAAGAAAUGCAACGCAACCCAUGAAUAAUGAACACCCAACUCUUGCAGCCACAGAAUCCGGCGUUCCAGCCGGAAUGGGCUUCCGAAGAUAUAUGUAUAAUCUUCUUCAAAUGUGUUAGAUGGCAAGUAGAAGAAACAUUAGAUCCAAUUAAUUGCCCAUAUCAUUAUUUCUGCGACAGCACUUAUCCUGGAAAUUAUCCCGCUUAUGUAGACAUUCUGGUUUUCUUGUUUGCAGCUGCUUCAUACCUGACAACACUAGUUAUUAUGGUAAUAGAUAUAUUAAGAAAAGAUGGGACUUCCAUUAGCCGUUCAAAGAGAUUCUUGCUACCAUCAGGUCCGGUUUCUCUUCCGGUCAUCCUUUUAAUGUUGUCUAAGGGUUACAGGAUCAAUACUGCAUUUCCUCUUACUUGUAUUGGUCCUGCAAUCCUUCAAAUGCUUUACAUAUCUGCUCUCGCUUUCGAUAAUGGUGUUGAUAGAGAUAUCAAGUAUGCUAUUUAUGAAGCAUCAACAAUUUCUGGAAUUCUACAUGCAAGUCUUUACCUGGAUUCCAUUAUAUUGCCUUACUAUACAGGUUUCGAUGCUCUUGUUUCAUCUACAUUUUCCGGUGAGUGUGAUUCCUGUGUGUGCAGAAAAGAGGUCAUGGUUGUGGGUGGAAGGCUAGUCAAUUAUCGGGGAUGGUCGGUAACUGCAUUUUUCGUCGUGGCCGUUCUGUGUUUGAGGAUUAUACAGAGAAUGAUGGGAGAGAACAGAAGUAAAAGCUCUAUUAUCACAAUCAAGUUCAUGUUGGAAACCUUAGGUUGGAUUUGGAUUACAGCGGACUGUGUCUAUCUAAUAGGAAAGAAUCCGGCAGAGCAAUCUCCAUUACAAAUUGCCGGUUUCGUAGGGGUACUUGUAUUGAUUUGCCUUCAUCUGAUCAAGAAGAUGUCCUCUCAUAUUACGAGAUGGAAUUUAGUACACGAAAAAUUAGAUGGCUAGAGCUUUGCAUCAACCAUGAGAAGAAAAAAAAAAAAAAAAGCUCAAGACCUGCAAAGGAGAUCUCUGACUACGUACAGGAAAAUCCAAUGUAUAUUAUUCUUUUUCCUUUCUUAAAUCUUUACGACAUUA